CUCGAACGGUUCAAAAAGAAAGAAAAAAAAUAUGAAGUGGCACCCUAGCAUGGUGGAUUAUUGUCAAACAGCUAGGAACCUGCCUUUACCAAAUUCAAGUCAAUCAUUCUUUUCCCUUCCGUGAAGCUCUCCGCCGACCAGACGUUGGACUCGCAGGGCCGCCGUCGUCUACUCCAUCCUUUUCCGAUCUGAAGCUCAGAAAUUUCUUCCCAAAUCACAAGAAAAAGAGUUAUGGCGGGAGAGGACUGUCUUGACAUGUCAGCUCUUGAAUCUGAACUGACCCAAACAUAUACUACUGAUACGAAACAAGAAGGUGAAAAGAUGGAACCAGACGUUCUGUGGCAAAGAAUCAGAACUGCCACAACACUGAUGACAAAUUUGAAAGUGAAAGCCCGAGUCUUGACUGCUCCUCGUUUGGAAAAUAUAGUAAGUGGUAUCAAACAACAAGAUGGAAAUGGAAUUGCUGAAUUUUCAAAAGACGUUUAUCUCCCUGCUUUUGACAAAGCAGAUCAUGAAGCAUGGGUCAAACUGUCUAGUGAACUACAUUCUGUUCACGAUCAAGAUGAAGACUAUAUGACCGAACUACUUUCUUGUGUCCAAACAGUCACGGACGUUAUGGAAACUCUUGUCAAGAGGGUAAUAUUGGCAGAAUCAGAAACUGCCCAGGAGAAGAGGAAGGUGACAGUGGGUGAGGAAGAGAUAAAGAAAAAGACGCUCCAAAUCAAAGACAUGUCACUUAAGUUAGAAGAGAUGGAGAGAUUUGCAAUGGGCACAAACUGUGUUUUAAACGAGAUGCGGCAAAGAGUUGAAGAGUUAGUUGAAGAGACUUAUCAACAGAGACAAAGAGCUGCAGAAAACGAGGAGGAGCUUUGUCGUGUUAAGAGGGACUUUGAAUCCCUUAAGUCAUAUGUCAGUAGUCUUAUUAGUGUCAGGGAAACACUCCUCUCAUCUGAAAAGCAGUUUCAGACAAUUGAAAGGCUCUUUGAACGGCUCGUAGAGAAAACAGGCCAGUUGGAGAGUGAGAAGAUGCAAAAAGAGACUGAGGUAAGAAAGCUAAUGGAAGAGAAUGUGAGUUUGACGGCUUUACUUGACAAGAAAGAGGCCCAACUUCGUGCUUUGAAUGAACAAUGCAAGGUUAUGGCACUUCGUGCUACCCAUCUUUAGUUUGGGAUGCAGAUUAAGGUAAGAGAGGUCGAACCCCUUCAUGUUGUACCCAUGUUAUUGUUUGUAUUGCCUCAUUGGUUGAUUGUACUUUCAAAGCCUAUAACUAAUAAAAGAAUAGUUGUUGCAUCAUGUUUGGCAUCUAUUGUUUAAGGACCUUGUCUGG